CAUGUAUAAAUAGGUCACCGUCCUUGUUACUAUAUCAUUAUAUUAUAUCAAGAAAAUUGCAAAGAUUCUCAAUUUAAUCAAGUAAUCAGUUUUCUGGCAUUCAUCAAAUUCAAUCAAGAUCUUGAUCAUGGAUAUCAUCAGGCAUAUACCUGCAGUUGCCUUUGGAUUAUGGAUCGUGGACAAUGUGUUUGGCCAACCAGACCAGCCUCCGUUGGAGUUUCACGUUGACGAUGCAGUGGAACAUUACAGACAAUUCAUUGCAGCUCUGCGAGAACGAUUAGCAAGUGGAAACACGAGUCAUGGAAUACAAAUCCUCCGGAACCCAGAUAUUGUGGGCGCAGAUAAUAACCAGCGAUAUCUCUUACUUCAACUUUCAAAUGAACAGAACUUAACAAUCACACUAGUGUUGGAUAUUACUGAUGCAUACGUGGUUGGUUAUCGUGCCGAAAAUCGAUCCUAUUUCUUUAGAGAUUAUUAUGAUACCUUAAGUCCUAUUUUAUUCACCGACACUAACCAAACUAGGAUCCCAUUUCGAUGUAACUACGAUGGCUUAGAAGGUGACAUAGCAGCUGGCGCUCAAAAACGGGCUGGACCUAGUUCCCAGCGAAUUAUCAAUCGUCCAAGCAUAUCAAGGGGUGAAAUUGAUUUAGGAAUGGCAGCAUUACAAGCAGCCAUUUCAAGUCUCUAUAACUAUGAGAGGAGAACUUUGGCCAGGUCUUUUAUUGUCCUUAUUCAGAUGAUUGCGGAGGCCGCCAGAUUCACGUAUAUCGAGCGACGAGUGAUUCGAAGCAUUGAAACUCACAUGCCAUUCCGGCCAGAUCCUUGCAUGCUUACCCUUGAGAAUAGCUGGAAUCCCCUCUCAGAAGGAGUUCAGAGAUCCAACGGCCAGGGAGAAUUUCGCAGGCAAGAUCAACUUCAACUUGUAACACCAAAUGGACAGAUAUAUAUUGUGUUGCGUGUGACACGACAAAUACUCGAGUCUUUCGGUCUGGCGCUUGUUAAAUAUGAAAAUCCUGGGCAUGAUGAGCUAUAAUCACCAGUCAUGCACCCAUAUUAGCACAUGAACCAGUGAUUGUUUGGUCUGUCCCUACCAUUUUUAUUUCUGGUUGUUGUUUUAUGUUUUGUGUAAUAAUUAAGGGAUAAAACACUAUCAAUUAAGGCAUGAAGAUUGAUUUCUUAGAGAUUAGUCUCAUGCCCAGUACGUUUUCCUUUUGUUGUUUUAAUUAUAUGUUUGUCCGUGUGUAAAUUUUUCCUUUUAAGUCGAACAUUUGUAUUUGCCAUUACAAUUUGCAUUGAUGUUGGGUCUAA